CCGAACAGGAAGCAGCAGCCGCAGUGUGAGCAGCUGGAGCUGGUGUUUCUGUCCCUCAGUGUUGUGUUGUGGUGUGUUUAGUCUUACUCGUGUCAGUGUGUGUGAGUGUGUGUGUGAGGAUGACGGUGUGCAGUUACUUCCUCCAGGGGAGAUGUCGCUACGGGGACAAAUGCUGGAACGAACACCCGAGAGGAGGGAGAAGCCAAAGUACCCGCGGCGGCUCGGUGAACCGGGUGUGGGUGAACCCAUCUCAGCGCUCGGGGGGACCUGUGGUCCAGCCCUCGUCUUUCUCCCACGGAGGCGGAGACUGGAGCAGAGGAUCCAGCGGAACAGAAAGGGAUGACCGGAGUUCUAACUUCAGUUUUAACACACAGAACCGGUUCUCUACUCUGGACAACACGCAGAGCGGGUAUGGGAGAACCGGAGGGAGAGGAGGAGGGGGUGGAGGAGGAGGAGGAGACGAAGCAGAUAAACAGCUAGAAGUGAUUCAGAAGGACAUGGAGGCGUGGGAGAGCUCAGGACAGUGGCUCUUCUCCUGCUACUCCGCCCUCAAAGACUCCAUCACAGGGUUUGUGGAGCUAUCUCCAGAGGAGCUGCGGAUGGAGUACUACACCAGCAGAGCCACUGGAGACAUACAGUCCUACGUGAACUCAGUCCAGCAGUUGGCCAAUCAGUGGAGAUCCAGAGUUCUGGAACUGAGGACCAUGAACGCUAACACGCGCACUGCCAUGAUAGCAGAGCUGAGCAACCCGAGUGCACAGGCGUCCUCAGGUGGAGGGGAUUUCGGUUCUUUAGCAUCAUCUGGGUUCGGAUCUUCUUCGACGUCUGGAUUUGGAUCUUCUUCAACGUCUGGGUUUGGAUCUUCAUCAACAGGGUUUGGAGCUUCAACCACAGGGUUUGGUUCUUCAUCAGCAUCAACAACAUCUGGAUUUGGAUCUUCAUCAGCAUCUGGCUUUGGAUCUUCAUCGGCAUCUGGCUUUGGAUCUUCAUCGGCAUCUGGCUUUGGAUCUUCAUCGGCAUCUGGCUUUGGAUCUUCAUCAGCAUCUGGGUUUGGAUCUUCAUCAACAGGGUUUGGAUCCUCUUCAUCAGCAUCUGGAUUUGGAUCUUCAUCUACAUCUGGGCCUCGAGUAGGAGGAUUUGGUUCGAGUGCUCCAGGUGGUGCUGCUGGCUUCAGCUUCUCCGCCUCCAGUCCCGGGUUUGGAUCGUCCGCGCCUCAGCCGGCUCCGUCCCAGUUCGGCUUGUCGGCUCCCUCUGCCUCCAGCUUCUCCUUCUCUGAUCCUGCAGCGAGUAAGAGCUCCGCCUCGGGGUUCAACUUCUCGUCUGCGUCCACUGCUGCCUCUGGUGCUGGUGGUUUUGGUAGCGGAGCGAGUACGUCCAAGAGUGCAGAGGACAAGAAUAGCGGACCGGACGGCCUGUACACUUCUCAGAGCGAGCUCACACCGGACGAGCUCCGAGAGUUCACCGCUAAACGUUUCACACUGGGACAGAUUCCUCUCAGACCUCCGCCUGCUGAGCUACUCCACGUCUGAUGCUCAUCUGAACUCUAAACCCUCAAAUGAAGGGUUGAUGUACUGUUGAUGAAUCCGUUCCUUUCUGCAGACACUUUGUGUGUCUGAUGUGAAGGUUUGAGAAGACGCCAUGUCCCAAUCUCACGCCAGGCUCGGAAGAUUUAUGGACAUUAAGAGCAGGUUUAUAAAAAACAUUUAAUGUGUGUGUACAGUUUUCUACAGCUUGUUCCUUUCCCACUCGAAACUUACCAGAUGAUGCUAUUAAGGCAGUAUAUCAGCAGACCAAUCAGCAGCUUUGCUAGUGUCUAUCACUCCAGCUUAUGUUGGAAUCAAGUCUAUCUCAGAAGAAAAGUGUGUAUUUUGAAUAAUCAAACCUGAACAAGUGUGUAUUAAAUAAUUAUUCUUUUUUUUUAA